GUAUGUGACUGUGAGUGUGUGUGUGAGUGUGGGUGGUCCCAGUACCUGGCCAAGCCCACCCCCUCCAUCUGGGCCCUAUCUCCCCACCAUGUAUACCCCUGUCAUCUGCCCUGGAGCCUGUAUGGCCACACUACGCUGUCCCUGAGAGCUCUAGAACACUGGUCACUAACUUUGCAGACGGAUGAACCCAGAGCAGCCAGAGUCAACUCUGCUCCCUGUCCUGCCGGAUCCCCUGACAGGGUCCUCCUAGGCUCCAGACUGGAAGGGGCUCUGGCCAUGGAACCCUGAAGUGGCUCUGACUUCCAGAGCUCAGUGGCAGGCCCCAGCACCCCGGGCCCUUCCUGCCCCUCCCACAACCAGCUUUCAAGUCCCCAAAGGGAGGGGUGGGGAAGGGAUCCCGAUCUCCCAGGGCAGCCGGCUUCCAACAUGAUGCUCAACUCAGACACCAUGGAGCUAGACCUGCCUCCCACCCACUCAGAGACAGAGUCGGGCUUUAGCGACUGCGGAGGAGGGGCGGGGCCGGAUGGUACUGGGCCCGGGGGUCCUGGAGGGGCCCAACCACGGGGUCCAGAGCAGGGAGAACCUGGCCGGAAAGAUCUGCAGCAUCUGAGCCGGGAGGAAAGGCGGCGCAGGCGCCGAGCCACAGCCAAGUACCGCACGGCCCACGCCACGCGGGAACGCAUUCGCGUAGAAGCCUUCAACAUGGCCUUCGCGGAGCUGCGCAAGCUGUUGCCCACGCUGCCUCCGGACAAGAAGCUCUCCAAGAUUGAGAUCCUGCGCCUCGCCAUCUGCUACAUCUCCUACCUGAACCACGUGCUGGACGUCUGA